AUGGCUCCCAAAAAUAAGAAGCCAGACUUUGAAGAUUUGUGCACUGGGGCUAAAAUCUUGAUCACUGCAAGGAAGUCCUUCUUGAAAUCUAAUCCCAAGCCUUCGUUCCAUGACUCCCCACCUUCACUGGAGUCUGGGGACUGAGGUGGACGAGACCACACUGGUAGGUUGGAGAAGCCGCCUCCCUGGAAGGGGCCAGGAGGGAGAUUACAGAGGCGCCAGGCGAGCUCUGCCAUGCACCUGCCACAGCUCCAGCAGAGAUGGGGGGCCGGCCAACUUACCCCGCCCCAUGAUCUCAUGGCUGCGUUUGCCAGGUGCUGGCUCAGGGAGCAGGUGCUGACAGCAAGACACCCCGCAGAGAAGACACCUGAAUGGACCACAGGCCAAACUGGGCCAAACACCCAAGAGAGGAGGACCUGACUCAAGACCCUGCCGAAUUUCCAUGUCAUUGCCUAGUGGCACCAAGGGGGUUAG